UAAUAAAGCAAAACGUAAUAAUUUCAAACUAUUGUAUAAGAGGAAGAAGGAAUUUUCCUGGAGAUGUACGGAUCAUCUCAACUCGUCUGAAUUAAGCUACAAACAACCGUCAGAUGAAAGACUGCUGGCAGUCGAAACCUGAACACGUAGCACGUAGCGCUCAUCAAAAUUGCUAGAUUAUGUAGCCGGUCGUGGGAUUCGGAUUUGCGAAAUCGGCCAAAUCAGCCAAACGAUAAAGCGACAAAUUUUGACAAACUUAUCAAAUGGCACUUCGAAAGGUGAAAGCUCGUCAGAUAUUUGAUAGCAGGGGCGAGCCGACCUUGGAAGUCGACGUCGUCACCGAUGUCGGUUUGUUCAGAUCGUCGGUACCUUCCACCGUGUUGCUCAAUCCGAAUCAGGCGCGCGAGAUCAGAGACGAGAACGCGGCAGCUUAUCACGGUCGCUCGGUAUUUCAAGUUGUCGAUAUCGUUAACAACGUGAUUGCGCCUCAACUAAUAAAGUCAAAGCUACAAGUUUCUAGACAAACGGAGAUAGACGGGUUGCUGAACAAGCUGGACGGUACGGAGAAUAAGUCGAGGCUUGGCGUUAACGCUGUCCUCGGGGUCUCCGUAGCUUGUUGCAAAGCUGGCGCGGCUACAAAGGGUCUACCGGUAUACAGAUACAUUGCCGAAUUGGCUGAAAACAAUAAACUGUGCAUACCUGUACCGAGUUUUACCAUGAUCAGCGGAGGACGGUAUGCCGGCAAUAAUUUAUCGUGUCAAGAAUUUGCAAUAUUACCCGUAGGUGCCGAGAGUUUCGCCGACGCCGUAAAAAUGGCCACCGAGGUGUAUCGAGUGCUGGAGAAAAAAAUCGUCGAUGCUAAACAAAUACGAGGCCCGCUUCCGAGUAGCGACGACGGAGCCUUCGCUCCUGAUUUGGAGAACGACGAAGCAGCUCUGACCAUUUUAGACGCUUCCGUCAGAGACGCGGGUUACGAAGGCAAAGUUAAAAUAGCGCUGGACAUGGCAGCAAGUGCAUUUUAUAAAGAAGGAGUCUACGACUUGGCGUUCAAGACGAAGGAUUCCGACCCUACUAAUUAUUUGGAGGCUGAGGCUUUACGUAACCAAUAUCUCAAGUAUCUCUCGAAAUUCCCAGCGAUAGUUUCGAUCGAGGAUCCUUUCGAUCAGGAGGACUGGGAGGGUUGGUUAACGAUCGUUCACCAAGGGAUUCAAGUAGUCAGCGACGAUCUCACCGCGAUGAACGUCGAUAGGAUUGAAGAAGCAAUGGACAGGAAUGUAGCAAACUGUCUCGUAUUAAGAAUCUCGCAGAUCGGUACUGUGACAGAGGUCAUUAAUUGCGCGAAAAUGGCAAGAAUCAACAAUUGGAGCUAUGUGGUGAGCGCGAGUCACGGCGAGACAGAAGAUAAUUUCGUCGCAGAUUUGGCGGUAGGACUUUCCGCCGGUCAAUUCAAAGCCGGAGCACCUUGCAGGGGUGAAAGAAUGGGCAAGUAUAAUCAAAUAUUGAGAAUCGAAGAGGAACUUGGUAAGGAUGCCAAGUACGUCGGGACGAAAUAUCGAAAUUCUUUCGCGAAAUAAUCUCACUGAACU